AUGCUCCUAUCGCUCGACCAGUUCUCCAUGGCACAGUUGAGCGACAAGUACGGACCCUCCCCUGGAUCGCGCUCACAUACUUUUGACGAAGCCUCGCCCCAGUUUGGCGCCGCCGAGCAGACACGGAGCUGGGUCGCUGCCAAUUCUGUCGCAGGACCACCUCGAGUCAACGGACACCAAUACUCCUAUAGCUCCGACCUGGAGGGAGCAGACGAUUCUAGCCGCAUCUCGAGCCGCGGCCGACGAAGCAACAGCAGUUCCAAUUUCCAAUCGAGCUUUCCGCGCCUCAAUAGCGUUCGCGAGGGGCACCGAAGUGGUUCAUCGAGAGCCAUGCAUUCAAGAGGGGGCAAGCCGGGCAGCAAGAGCAGCAGCACCACCAGCGUCGAUGCUGGAUACGCUCAGGUCCUUGGUAGUCAGCGAUGGGCGCGCGGGUUUGGAAGAUCUGCCAGCUUCGACUACGGACCUCAAGCACCACAGCAGAGCGCCCCCGUCGCCGAACCCACCCCCUUCCGAGUCGAGUUUCCAAACAACUUUCUCGCCGAUGAAUACGACGCUGCCCCGACUCCAACGGUCCCGGGCGGCCCGCGACGGGAGCCGUCGAUCCCAACGAUGCCGACAAUGUCUACGGUACCGCCACCUCCGCCCGCACCCCUGGAGCCGCCUCCCCUCGAGCACAAACGCAGCAGCCGUUCGUUAAAGAGCUCUUCCGGGCGCAAACCUCCCAAUACACGGGAUAAUGCACCUGCAGUUCCAGCUCUAGACCUUGAUUCAGCACCUGCACCCCAUAUUGGGUAUGAAAAAUCCAAGGAUGUGGCCGUGCACAGCGGCCCAGCGCCUGCGACACCUGCACCUGCACCCGUGAAGGAGCGCCCUGGAUUUUUCAGGAGGGUCUUUGGUUCCUCCAGAGGCAACUCACAUAACAGCAACCACGACUCGACAACAACAACUCAAACCCCACACUCGACCACUUCUGCCGACCACUCCAAGAUGGUCUCCAAUGGCUCGACGCCGCCCUCCCGAGAUACCUCUUCCUCGCAUUCACACCACCCUGUGCUGCAAAAGAAACCAUCAUCGUUCUUCCGCCGCCGAAAGAAGUCCGUCACUGACGAUCCUCCCCCUCUGCCCACGUCGAUACCUACACCUCCCGUGCCUACAGUUGCUCCCAUCGCUGUCCCUCCCGAACGCGAACGAGACCUGGGUAAUUCUCUGCCUCAGCCUAGCCCUGUUAGCAGCUUGCGAAAGGUCAUGAACCCGUAUCUGCGAAACAGCCAGGCUGUCCAGGGCACUCCUCAAGGCCCCUCUCCCCUUGCCGACAUCUCCAACGUAACUCCCGAUCAUGUCGACAAUACACCCGAGAGGGAAGUCUACAAGAGAGACUUUUCCCCUGAUUAUUCGCCAAGCCCCAACGCCAGGAUCCGGGCAGUACGAUCCGAUUCUGAUGAGUACCUGUCCAAGCGAAAUAACACACCCUCGCGUCCCCCACCCGAGAGGCCUACUAAGGCCAUCGAGACGCGCAACAACUCCUUCCUGAACCUGGACGGAGUUAGCGACAACGAUGAUGACCAGGGAAGCCCUUCAAACCGGAAGCUUUCCAACAAGGUCAAGAAGUCAUUCCAGCGACCGGAACAGACUGAUUCAGAAGACGACCCCAACCGUUCAGCCCUUGCAUUGCCUAUUGAAGGUGCACGAGCGACAAGCCCUGCAUCAGUAUCAACCGGCACAGACUACAAGUCUGCCCUCAGCGCCCCUCCUAGCGUGAGAAUAGAGAGCUCGGCAGACCCUAGUCCCAAGGUGUUGGGCACAUUCGACGCUAUCAAGACCAAUGCCCUUGACGAGCCCGAUUUCGUUAUUGGCGAUCCGACCGAGGAUGAUAAGCAAAAGGCACAGAAGAUCUAUGAUGGAAAUGAGGACUUUGUCUCGAAAGAAAAGGCGGCUGCUUGGAUGGGUGAAGAAGGUCCAAUCAGGCAACGCACCCUGCAAGCCUACAUGGAGUUGUACGACUUUACCAACCGCAGCAUCGUUCAUGCUCUGCGACAAGUAUGCGGACGAUUGGUGUUCCGUGCAGAAACUCAACAGGUGGACCGCAUUCUCGUGGCCUUCUCCAAGAGAUGGUGUGACUGCAAUCCCAACCAUGGGUUCAUAGUGACUGAUGUGAUCCACACCAUUUGCUACUCGAUCAUGCUGCUCAACACUGACCUGCAUCUGGCUGAUAUCGAGCAGAAGAUGACCCGCAGUCAAUUCAUCAAGAACACCAUGACAACCAUCACGCAGGCCGUAGAGGAAUCGGCCCCUGAUGUGUUUCAUAGGCCAAGUGUUCUUCCAGACAAGAGCUCACUUGCAACUGGCGAGAACCACGAACAACCCCCCGAACAAGAUCGAAGGUCCUUCAGGAACUCGUUCAGACCCCCGCCUCGUGCAGACUCUGGAACUCUCCCUUCAGAGGGUGACGAGGAUUGUGGCCCAUUAGUCAAGUCCCGAUUCAAUGGAAGCAAGAAGGCGUGGGAAGAACUGAUUGAAGUUGUUCUCAAAGGCAUUUACACAUCCAUUAGAGACGAGCGUCUGCCAUUGUUUGGCGCCGAGGCUGAGAAGAAUCUGAGCCUUCCACAGUCGAAUAGCGGAGGGCUCUCUGUCAUGGGAAUGCUGAAGAGAAGCCCUAGCGUCCUUAGCAAGGCACCGUCAGAGAGUCAGCUGUCGGUUCGUGGUCGUAUUUCAGAGAACGGUAGGGCCAACACGGCGAGAUGGACAUCCAAGAGCCGAUCUCGACCCGGUCUUGGCCGCAAUGGAUUCUCGUCUAGUCGUACUAGCUUCGACGACGGGAAUUCACUCUGGAGCCACACUGUAUCGUCAGCCACCUGGAGCCGCCAUUCUCUUGGAAGGACUCAGACGUCAGUUUCUCAGGAUUCAUUUGGCUCAGCCUUGCCCCGGGGCGAUUAUCAGCAGUCGAUUGGCUUUGCAAACGCCCUGAGCCAAGCCAUCAUCCGAGACGAGGACGCAUAUGGGGAGACGGCUCCAUCGAUUUUGAGCGCCGAUCUUCCAUCUACACAGCUUCUUGAAGACGACUCUCUUGAACUUGCUGGACCACCAUGGGUCAAGGAGGGAAUUGUCACCCACAAGCACCAUUUGGAUGGCGUGGACAAGAAGGCCAAGGACAGGCACUGGUCCGAAGUGUUUGCUGUCGUCCAGAAGGGACAAAUGAGUUUGUUCUCUUUCCAACCAAACAAGUCGGUUCGGCAGAGGAACCGCAGCAGACAUGGUGGGCCUCCUGCGAUCGUGGGAGGCGGCAACUGGCAAGACAAUGCAACGAAUCUGGGAACGUUUAACCUUCGUCAAACUCUUGCAUCUGCACUUCCACCGCCAGGCUACUCUCGCACGCGCCCCCAUGUCUGGGCACUCAGUCUGCCUAACGGUGCUGUUCACCUGUUCCAAGUUGGCACACCUGAGAUUUGCAAGGAGUUUGUCAACACGGCGAACUAUUGGAGUGCUCGACUGAGCACUCACCCGCUGACGGGCGGCAUCAGCAACAUUGAAUACGGAUGGAGCGAGGCUAUCGUUAACAACGCCUUGGUCGCCGCUAUCAAUGAGACGUCAACGACGACUACAACCGGCGGCAAGACGUCGCGCCCCAGCAGCAGCGCGGCCCAUGGCCGAAGAUCAAGUGUCAACAGUGGUAGCUUCCGAGGAUCAAGCUUCGACCAUGUUGCUGGUGCUUUUACCAACAACAGUGGACGAGGCAAGCUCCCUGGCGACCGCAUUCACAUCGCAGAGUGGGCACCACCAACCCAGAGCAUGCGUCCCAGCAAUUCGCCAGAAGCAGAACAGCUUCAAACCUUGGAUGCCUAUGUCAAGAGCAUCGAGGCAGAGCUACAGGCUCAUAACCAACUACGUAGCCCUAUGCUUUUGGCAUUUACUCCUAGGGGUGGCAAUGCUGUCAAGGCCAUGGCUAACUGGGAGCGGAAGAGUGCGUAUCUGCUCCGCGAGAUCGUCAAAUUCAGGACAUACGUCGACUGCCUUCAGCAGGCCGACUCUAGAAAACAGGAGAUUUACUCGGAGAGGGACCUUGCGCAGCGAGCUGCCCGAGGUGAGCUCAGUGACGGCGAGAUGGAGCUCAGCAGCGACGAUGAGGGGGAUGUAACAUUGAGGCCAUGA